UUAGGGUUUAACGCAAAGCUCCAAAAACCCACAUUCACCCCGCAGACGUUUUGCCGUAAGCCAUGGCUAAAUCAAAAGAGAAGAAGAAGAGGAAAGCACCAGAAGAUGAAGAAAUGGGCCGCGAAGUCGAUAUGGGCGAGAUAUCGGAUGCCAUUGAUGUGAAAAUCAAGGUAAUUGACGAAAAUCCAGAACAAAAAACCGCUCCAGUAAUCGGAUACUUCCCGUCCGGGUACGACCCGCUGAAGAAUUCCGGCGAACCCGAUUCGGGAAUCGAAUCCAAUUCGAGCGUCAAGAUCUACAGGAGCACCACUGCGCGAAACCCUAAAAAUCCUAGGAUGCAGGUGGUGGUGGGGGCGGGUGGUUCCGAAGUUAAUUUUGUCGGCACAAAUUAUUCCGGCGAGGCCACUACGCCGCAGAUAUGUCAAUACGGUCUCGGCGUGUUGGAUAAGGAGACCCGGAUUUUGAGGAUAGUUCCCAUUGCUGGUAAUCGGAUAUUCAAAUUGGUACCGAGAAUUGCGUCGGUCGAGCAGUCUGAUAAAGAACUGCCGGAAGAAGUGACGGAGGAAGCUACAAAAUCUGAUAGAGCCAAACAAACGACUAAAAUGUACUCAACGAAGAAAAAUAUUAAAAAGGAUGAGAAAAUGGACACUCUGUACACACUACGCCAGACAGACGAGCCUGGAAUGGAGGGUGACACCGACAUGAAACUGAAAGGAGUCAAGGUCAACACAGAGGCUAUCGAAUCUGCUCCCGUUGGUACUAAUGAUCGAAAUAUCCCUCCGUAUAAUAUGGAAGCCACUGUUGUGGAAAUGGCUUAUCCGCUUGACGGGAUAAUUCUUAACGGGGAGUGGGAUUACCUUGUCGAUAUCUUCGAGCUCGCGCAAGCUGGCCAUAAAGUGACCCCCGAUGCUUACCCGCGUUUUGUUUGCAAUAGAUUUCACAAACUUGAAGAAGCCGAGGACGACUGGAACAAAAGGAAGAUAGCUGGCAUAUUGUCCUACAUCACACACCUCAUAAAGUUCAAGGAUAAACACUCGAUGGACGGUGUGUCGUUGUCAAAGAAUCACAAAUUCCCCUCUAUCUUAUUGCAGAAAUUCAGCUCCAUGUUUGACAUUUCGAGCAAAAAGAGAAUUCCAGAGCAAAAACAGAAUCUGCUUAUAAGUUAUAUAUUGGUGCUCUGUUUAUUCAUUGAUGAUUUUAAGUCCGACCCUUCGGAUAUAGCAAAGGAUCUUCGGAUGGACCCUUUAUCGCUGAGAACUCAUUACACUUACUUGGGUUGCAAGUUAGCCCGCGAGAAAACAGUUGUCACGGCUACUCUUAAAGUCCCCUUGAAAUUCGAUAUCAUUAAAAGGAAGAAGCGUGGACGCUGAGUGAAAUUUACGAAAUAUAAUCGGUGCGCAGUCUUUUUUUUUUUUUUAAUUUUUAUUUUGUAUUAUUAAACUUUGAAGCUCUUUUUUUUUUUUUUUGAUGGUUGGUUGCUUUUGGUCUUUAUGUUAUUAUCAUAGCCUAUUGUUAGGGUGGAAAAUCAAAUCAAACUAUUUUCGAUUGGAAAUCGAUUGUGUUUUGAGCUCGGUUUGUUAACUUAGGGGUCAUAUUUGAACUUAAAAUAUCAUAAAUUAUGUAUGAAGUUCGAUUUUUUUUAUGAAGU